AUGGCAAGUUUUACCAGCGUCAUCUCCAUCCUCUCCGCUGUGAUGCUGUACGUUCAGCAGAAAUCCAGCGAGUAUCUCAUCCUACUCAACCUCAAAACCUCUCCCUUCUUCCAAAACGUCCUCACCCUCGGAGCCAGCCACACUCCUUCUUACGUGACCCGACAUGUCACGACUACAUUCGUCGACAUGAAAACCAUUACAGCGACACCAUGGAGUACUGUGACGAGCGCAACGACCGUUUACGUCAAGACUCCCCAGCCCACCGCAGCCUACACGGCAAUUGUGACAGGCCAUUUCAACCAGGAUUACGGCAUAGUGACGACCAUGAGCCCAUGGCAACUACAUCACAUCCUAAUCCUCCUCUUUGUCAUCUUCUGGGUACCACUCAUUUUCCUCCUGACCAAGCUCUAUCACGAGCAGCGAGUGGACCGCCUGAUUCUCCUCACCGAGUAUGGCCGCGGAAUCACGGAAGAAUACCACCGCAAACCCCGGGAACUGGAGAGAAGCAUCCGUCGCCCCUUGGAUCCAUACUUCUUGGACACCAUGUACACCGCGGGUUACAUCUUCCUGUGGCGUCGCUCUCGCGACGUGCAGCCAUACAUUGAAAAGAUGCAAGAUGUUCUCUCGGUGGCCCGCGAUGCGGUGCUUGGCAAGCUCUACCAGAUCGGCAAGGUGUUAUUCGACCUCCUGAUGGGGAUUCUGACGACCCUCUUGCUGGCACUCUUCAACUGGCUAUAUUGGGCCGUGUACCAGACUUUGUGGCUCUUGGACAACCUGUUCUUCUUUUGGCUUCUCCCAAUCUGCGUGACGAAAUGUCUCCAUCUCAAGGACGUCGUGGUUUCCCUUAUCCAGGAGAAAGCUGUUGAGCCGCUGGCGGCCAACAUCAAGACACGCGCCCAAGACAUUCUCGCUUUCACCCCAGAGACCAAGACCAGACAAGGCGAUGCCUUCGUCGGCAAGAACAGCCACGACCAGUCACGUCCAUCAACCCCUCGACAGCCCAACCACUUCGAAGUCCCAUACUCGACGGGGUCCCCCGAUGGGAUGGUCCUCGUCGACCGCCAAUAUUACGAAGACCUGGUGAAAGCUGCCACCAAGAGCAAGGGGUUGGCCAAGGCCCUGGAGAUCGAGAAGCUGGCUGUGAAGAACGAGCAUCGCGACUGUGCCGACAUCUGCCACUACGCCCGCAAGCAGCAAGACAAGGCUGAGUUUCAAGCUCGCCAGGCUCGCCACGAGCUUCGAGAGCAUCGGGUGUCAGUGGACAGUAUUCGGAAGGCGGAGGCUCGUGCUGCCCGGGCCGAAGCCGCUCUUGAACAGGAGCGGGCUUUGAGGCAGGCGGCUGAGGAGGGCUCUAGCGCCCGACAGGCUUGUUUGGACGAGGGGCUCCUCGCAUACAGCCAUGUCGAGGCCGAGCUGCGACAAGUCAAGGUCGCGAACGAGGAGCUGGAACGCCAGUUGGUUGACUUGCAGGCGGUCCUGGAAAUGGCCAUGGAGCCGGCUCUAGUGACUGAGGCGGCUGCCAACCAGCCAGCUCCUGAAGUUCAGGGCGACCCGCAGCCGGAGCCGCGAGCCGAGGAGGAUCAGGGGACGGUGGAGGAGGAGGGAUGGAGCGUCCCGAUGGGACCAGGCAAUGGUUUCGAAGUUGCCUGUGGAGGAUUCGAGGAGCUCCUGGAGGCCCCGUUGACGGAGGACGGUCAACUGGAGGCGAUGGUGGCGGCGGCGUUGGCUGCAGCGGAGGGAGGAGAGGCCGUGGGGGAGGCAGGAGGAGCCAGCCAGGAGCAAGAGCUUCCAAUGGAGUUUGAGCAGUCUGGGGGUGCGGGCAACUUCAGCCUGCAACCUCAGGAGAUCAUGGACGGGCUGGAGGCUGUGGAGGUCCAGCCUUCGCAACCGACCUCUUGUGGUCCUUCUCUCUUGGUGGCCGAGGUACCAUACCUCGAGCUGAGCCCGGAGAUGGAUUACGAGAUGGAGGAAGUGGAGCCUGGUCCUGUGCGGAUCCCCGGUCUGGACUUGAUCUACUAA